AUGACUGAAUCAUUAUUCGAUACCAAUUUCACCUCCGAAAACGAACCAAAAUUGGCAGCUUCUGCCACUGGUAACCAAGCCGCCUCUGAAACCCAAUCACAGGGUGGAAGUCAAGGUGUUGCAUCUAAUAACGCUGCUGGAACAAUUGCAAGCAAUACUGACAACACUAGCACUAAUUCAAACUCUGCUGCUACCAGUACCACCAAUGGUGCCAAUGCAACAACUACACACUCCUCCGCACCUGCCACCAACGAUGCAUCGCACAGCCAAGAGCACCAUGAUGACCAUGAAGGAUACGAUAACUCUACCUCGUUACCAUCGUUGAAUGACAACUCCAAUGCUGACGCAUUGAUAAAUUAUCGUGUGUUGGUAUCAGCUAAAGAGGCUGGCUGUUUAAUUGGCCAGAAUGGGAAAGUCAUUGAUUCAAUUAGAGAGGAAACAAACACCAAAGCCGGAAUUUCCCGCUUGGUUGCAGGUACGCAUGAACGUAUUUUGACCGUUUCUGGUAAAUUGGAUGAUUGUGCCAAGGCCUUGAGUUAUUUUGCCCAAGCUUUACUUGGAUCAUCUAUUGAAACAUACAAUUACUUCCCAUUGAAGCAAUUGAGCUCUACCCCAUGUGUUGAACAUGAAACAACCAUUUUAAGAUUAUUAAUUCCCAACAGCCAAAUGGGCACUUUGAUUGGUGCCAAGGGGGCCAGAAUUCAACAAAUCCAACAAAAUUUUGCUAUUUCCAUGAUUGCUUCUAAAUCCUUUUUACCGGGCUCAAAUGAACGUUUGGUUGAAUUGCAAGGAACGGUUGACGACUUGUACGAUGCGUUGCGCAUCAUUUCGCGUUGUUUAAUUGAAGAUUUCUCUUCUAGUGUGGGAACCACCACUUACUACGUCCCUAAAAGCCAUCAAUUGACGAGAAAAUCAACAGCAACGAUUAGUUUUCCAAACGACAUGGUGGGUGCAUUGAUUGGUAAAAAUGGAUCGAGAAUCCAGGGGGUGAGAAAAGUCAGUGGAGCCAUGAUUGGAAUUGGUGAAGCGGUUGAAGGUUCAGAUGAGCGUGUUUUCACUAUAACUGGGACACAACAAGCGGUGGAAAAGGCUAAGCUGUUGUUGUAUCAUAAUUUGGAAAGGGAAGAGCAGAGAAGAGCCGAAGCUACUGAAUAG